AUGGUCUACUACACAAGACAGGGAAACCCUACGGCACUCGAGAGGAAGCGUCAAUUCGAAGAAGAGCUGAUCUACUACGACGCCGACUCGAACAGCAUGACGACUUCUUCUCCUGCCGGUGAGCAUCGAGGUACUAGUACCACACCAUUCAGCCCGGGGGUACGGCCUCGAGUGAAUCAGAAUCAGAAUCAGAAUCAAUACAAACGACAACGAAAACAGACCACCCGCACCUCGUCCUCACCCGCGUUCCCUUCCAUUUCAUCCCUGUCAUCUUCAUCUUCACCUUCACCUUCACUCCGAGCAGUACCACGGUCCAAGCCAGCACCGGCAACGGCAAGGGCAACUACUAGUCCUACUACAGUCAAAGUCAAGAUCAAGACAGAAGGAGAAGCUAAUGCACGCGCCGCAAUACAAGAGCGACCCCUCGCAGAGCGAGUGCAGAUCUACAUCGGACCGCAAAACAAAGUGUUUACCGUUGGAAUACGAGACUUGGACAAAUCGCCUGUCCUGAAAGCACUAGUUCACCACGGUGUGGCCUCCGGUGCAGCUGGAAGUGAGGGACCAUUCAUCAUGCACCCGGAACUAACGAAGAUUGACGCGAACCAUUUCCAACCUGUCUUUCAAUUUCUCUUGAUGGACGAAUAUGUCCCGACGAUCAUCAGUAAUCCGAAGGGUGCCAAUGUUUUUCCCAAACAACUUGAUGGUCUGGUCACGGUGGGGGAGUAUCAGGCCGAAGCGCUGCGGGGAGGUUACAUCUAUGUGAUUGCCAAAGCAUUGGGGAUGAGGGGUCUUGAAGAUCUGGUUUUGAGAAAGAUCACGCAGGCACAGUACCUUGGGGGUGGUGGGGGAUAUGGUGUCAAAUGUCUGUUGGAUUUGGCUAUGGUUGUGUUUUCGAGGCCGGAGGAAAAUGAGUUGGCUAAGAGGGCAAAACACCAACUGAGAGAAGAUGACGGUGCAGAUGGCGGAGAUGGUUUGGCUGGUGUGAAUGGUAGGCAUGGGAUGGGACAGAACGAUGGAGGAGAAGAAGAGGUUGAAGAUCGUCUGGAACUUUGGCUUAUUGAAAGCCUCAAGGACAAGUUGCAGCAGACGCUGAUCAAUCAUGCGAAGCUGUUUUUCAUGGUUGCUAACCAUGGCGCCUGUGCCAGACGAGGCUUUGCGGCGAGGAUCUUUAGGCGCAAGGUGGAGGAUUGGGAGAAGUUGGGGGGAGAUGUUGUGGCUAUUGAGGAUGAUGAUUGA